UUAGUAUUUAAAACACAAUUUUGUACAUAGUUUACGUAACACAAAUUUCUCGUCACAUGCAUCAGUAAAUUUUUACUUCCAAAUUCCAGUUCCAUAAGAUACUUUCUUUAAAUAUCUUAAAUAUUCCAAUAUUAUAUCACUUUUAAAAGUUACAUAUUAAACAAUACAAAAUACUUGAAUACCGUACAUUUUAAUUACCUGUGCAAAACUAUUAUAAAUUAGAUUGUUGAGGUGCAAGAUGACGACUGUACCAUUAGACACAAAGAGAGACGAGUUCAGGAGGUAUCUAGAGCGAGCUGGGGUCAUGAAUGCAUUGACCAAUGCUCUUGUCAUGCUCUACGAAGAAGAGGAUAAACCAGAUGAUGCUAUAGGUUUCCUGUUGAUGAAGCUCAUGCAAGGCAGGCCUGAACUUGAUGAGUUGAACUCUUUGAGAGAAGAAGUCGCACGCUUGAGACUCGAUUUGUCCCAAAUGCAAUAUAGAAACUCGUUACUGGAAGGAAAUACUACCGGGGAAUUGUUGGAAAUCAAAAACGAUGACAUUGUAACAACCGAGGAAAACCUGCAGGAUCAAACUGAAAAUCCACCAACGGAGGAUGAAAAAGUAACCGAAAUGAUGGAAAAUUUGCCGGUUGUUGACGAACCUCUCGAGGAAGUAGUGGAAAUAACUGCGGAAUCAACACCAGAGUUACCCAAAGUUCAACAAUCUGAAGCAGUUGUUGCAGAAGUAGAUCCUGCUCAAGUUGAAGUUCAAGAAACUUCUCAAGUUGAAGAUAAUCCAGUGAUAGAUGAAGGGCCCAUACCUGAUGCUUCUAGUGAUGAGAAAAAGAAAUCACUGGAUAAUGCUGAAAUAGGUGCCGUGGUUGCAGAAUAGAAGAAUUCUCCUUCUUGAGUCCGGUCCCUCAAGGUUUAUCAUAAUUUAUCAUAUACGAUAACUGAAAAAAACUUCAAUUAAUUUAAUAUCAACCAAUAAUAUUUGCUAAACUAGAAAAAAUGUCCAGAUUUAAACAAUUUCAAAAAGGGAAUUACUUAUCAAGCUCUAAAUAAAAAUUUUACAUAUAAAGUGCUAAAUUACCAUCUGCAAUUUGAAUAAAAUUGACACUUGUCUUUGAUCAUGAAUUCUUUGCUUCUAAUAACCAGAGAUGAAAAAUAUUCAUUACAAUUGUUCGAUACUCAUUUUUCAUCUUGAUAAUAAAUUUGAUCUGUUCAAGUAAUUUUGAAUAUUUUUUUAAUUAUUUGUGUAAUUUUUCAAAAAUUGACUAAGAAAAUAAAAAACUGUAUCAUUCACUAAUUUCAAUUUUAGAUUUUUAUGAUCUAUUUCUAUGAAUUAGCAUAAAUAGAAGUGUGAUUUCUCACAUUUGCGCAAAUCCUCAAAGUAGCCAGCUAAAAUGUCAAACAACCACAAACUCAGAAUUGCAGAUUAGACAUCUCCUAUCCCAGAAUAUAGAAAAUACCUAUGUUCCCAAAUUUUUCAACAGAUUGAGCAGUGCUUUACUAACACCUAAAUUUGAACUGUUCUAUAAAUAAUAUUGAAAUAGUUAGUAUUUUGGCCUAAGUCUGUUAUGCCUUUCCGAAAGUUUGUUGAUUGUACAAGAUAGGUUUAAUGAAUAAAUCUCCUCUAAAUACCGUCUCCAUUUACUACCUGUGUUAACGUCACAUGAAUGCACUACGGCUUUGUUUACAGAUGUAGUGCUCCAUUGCGGAGGUUGGGCAUCAUCAUGGCAAUUCUCACCUUG